GAAGAAUAAACUCAAUGCUCCUCGCACCACUGAGAUCAUUUUUUUUGUGUCUGUCUGUGCCUGAUUCAUCUGGUGACUUUUUUUUUCUAACGUGUGUUUCAGCUCCGUGCUAAGCCGAUGGAAGAAUUGCUUGGUUUUCACAGCCUGACGCGGCUCACGCUGAAAACAAUUUACCGGUGCAGCGGUACCGACGUGGAUAUCAACCUGUGUGUACAAAAGAUCAAUAUACUGCAAAAAUGCGCUGUAGGUUGGACCCGUACAAGCAAAAUGAUAAUUAUACGGGAAAUGGGCAAGAAACUGCAACUGGGAUUCGUCAGACUUACUUUCUUCUUAGCUUAGUAAAAUAAGGUUUAAUCAUUUGUUUAAGCAGAUUAGUCAUUAUAUUGUUAUAUAUUAAGAGAUACUGUAUAUUGCAAUGUUAUAUAUCUGUACAUCAGUUUUGAGUACCUUGCCCAAGAGUACCAUAGCUGUGUACCACUUGUGAUUCAGACCACGACCCUUCCCUCCAGUCCGGGAAUAAAAUCAAUACAAUUUUAUUAUUUAUUUAAUAAAAUACACUAUAGUGGUUUGAUCCAUAUUUAAUAACUUCACUCGCUACCUGAGUGCAGUCCCCACUUGGCAGUAACAAGCCACGACACGGCUAGACUAUGAAGUGAAAAACUGCUUCUCCCAUUACUGAAUUAAUGGGCGAUUUCAGGAAGGCCAUAUUGCACAGGUCCACUCAGGUAAAAAAAAAUCUUUCCUUGUUCAGGGCGCAAGUUAUUUGACCAUUUUUCGCUUUUGGGAAAUACCUGAUGUUUUUGUAGGCCAGUGAUUUCAUGACUGUAACUUUUCGAUGCGAGGUUACUUUUGGAACCCACAUGAAUGCCUGGCAAACGUAGGCUAACACGUGGGUUACUGUAAAGCCUGUUUUGUCUUUCAGCUUUUGUCAGGAUUUUUUUUUUCCAAAAGUGUCACAGAAGCACCAUUGUCCGUGCGCCAUUCACCGACUCGCAGCACGGGACCCGAUCCCGACAGUGUUGAGUUUUCUGGAAUGCUAAUACAGUGCUACUCAGCUGCUGCGGUUUCCAUAUACUGACUGUGCAUGAAAACCGGCACGCUGGUGCACCCCAGAGCGCAGCAGCCGACUCCACGAUGGGACACACUUGGUAUGCCUGGUCCUGCACAGGAAAGCAACGCUACCAUCCCAAACGUGAAUAUGCCGGGUGACAGUUCAUUCAUGUAUCUGUUGGCGGACCCCGGAAUGCGAAACGAGGCGGCGAGGCUCAGGAGUUUCCAGCACUGGCCCAGCUAUGCUCCAGUCUCCGCCGCCGAUCUGGCCAAUGCUGGGUUCUACUUCCUAGGACCCGGAGAUAAAGUACGGUGCUUUUGCUGUGGUGGAGUACUUAGGCACUGGGUGCACGGAGACGGACCCAUGCAAGAGCACAUGAGGCACUUCCCGGCUUGCUGGUUCAUACUGGGCAGAAACGUGGGCAACGUCCCGCUGCUUGCAGCGCAGGGCUCAGCCGAUGCGGUGGAUGGACAAAUCCUCAGUCAGCUGCAGAGAAUGACAGUAGAGGACCAGGUAGCAGGUGGACAGCCUGUGUACCCGGAGAUGGAAGCAGAGGACUCGCGUCUGACAACGUUUCAGAACUGGCCUACCGGCGCCUCCGUGCAACCAGAAGUUCUGGCUAGAGCGGGUUUUUUCUAUACUGGUCAUGGCGACAAUGUCAAGUGUUUCUAUUGCGACGGGGGCCUUCGAAACUGGGAGCCAGGGGACGACCCGUGGCAAGAACACGCGAAGUGGUUUCCUCGAUGUGAAUUUUUGCUGCAAGCAAGGGGAAGAGACUAUGUUAACAACAUUCAAGAAUCGUAUUUUCAUAUUGGAGAACCAGUGAGUGGAUCACAAUCACCAGAAGCUAGAGAGACCACUUCAGGACAAGAUGUGGUUGGUAAUCAGGGCUUGUCCUCGAUCCUGCAGUCUCCAGAGGUCCAGAGUGUAUUACAGAUGGGCUUUGACCCCAGUCUGGUGGGAAGUUUAGUACAGACCAAGUAUCUGCUUACUGGAAAUCAGUAUACCUCAGUGUCUGACCUGGUGUCUGAUAUACUGCAAGCUGAAGAAGAUGACAGGGAAGAAACAGAACAGACUAGAGAGCCUAUCCACAGGCCAAGACAAGGUAUGAGUGCUGGGAGUGAGACGGCACAGGAUCACCCUAAGGAGAAAGUGGGGGACAUGAGCCCAGAGGAGGAGCUGAGACAGUUGCAGGAGGAGCGUACCUGUAAGGUGUGCAUGGACAAAGUGGUGUCCAUCGUUUUCAUUCCCUGUGGACACCUGGUGGUGUGUACCGAUUGUGCGGCCAGCCUGCGACACUGCCCCAUCUGUCGCGCUGUUAUCAGAGGCAGCGUUCGGGCAUUCAUGUCUUAAACUGGGUUGUCUCAUUGAAAAUCCUCAGCGCUGAAAAAGGGGGAAAGCUGGCAUUAAACUGCAAAAUAACACGUCAGAUUUAUUCAUGCCUUUUCUCUGAUCACCAAGGGGUGCAAUUGCCAAAGAGCAGCCACUAGAGGCAGCCUCAAGCAAUCACUGGGCACAAUACAGAGAGCACUUGUGCACAAGGUAAAUAGUUCACCUAUAGGCAAUGAUUUGAUUGGUAAAUUGUGUAGAAGAGUUGGGUUGGUUUAUAUAUAGAAACAGAGAAAAGCAAAGGGAGAGAGAGAAGGAUCUGGAGUGUCUCUUUUAUUUUUAAAUCUUAUAUGUGUGUUUUGGCUCAUCUAUCUUUGAAUGAACCAGUACAGCCCCUGGAAGCAUGUCACCCACUUAAUAGAUAUUUAAUGUUGCUUUAUCUUGACAUUGAAUGAAACUAAGCUUUGUACUUGGCUCUGCAAGUAAUCAUUUUCAGUCUUAAAACAAAGUGAUUUGUUUUAACAAUGAAAUGGAGAUUCAGGGUUUGUGUGUUUGUGCUAAUGUUUCAUGCUUUAAGAAAACACAGAGCAGAAACAUUAAAAGUACACAGUUUAUUAACAAAUGACUAUUUACAUUUCUGAACACAAACCACCAUUCUCAUCCGACUGGGAACACUUAUAGGAAGGUACAUUACAAUGAGACUACAGGGUACAAAUGUGAAUACCAGAGUGAAACGCAUGUUUGAAAAAUGAGAGAUUUUUUUGUUAAGUUAACCAAUGUGUUACAAACAUAUUUGGAGGCAGAAAUUUACCUUAGAAGUACAAAUGAUGUAAAUCUACACAUUUUAACAGAGCACUAAUGCACUCAAGCAAACUUUCAUUCUUUUACUAAAUGAACUUAACCCACAUUCAUUCAAACCACCCCAAAGAACUGUGAAGUCAGCUGCUGUGUAGUUUUCCAAUGAAUACACAAUAGCCAGAAAACUUGUUAGCUGCUGGCUUCAUAUGUCUGAGUGCUUGUUGUAAGUAAAAUACCACAAAAGAUGCAAGUAACAACAUAGAAACAUAAAAAUAACAUUCAAUACUCUCGUAGAAAUGCUCCAUAAAAUGGAAUACCAAACCCGUAAAGAAUGUUGUUCAUUAAAUCAAUUGAUCAGCAAGCACACGAUUUGGGGAAGGUUCUCAAAAUAUUUUAUAAUAUAUAAAGACUGCAUGGGUAAGCAGAUCUUUAGAAAUGUGUGAAACAAUUAGAGUCAUACUUCAUUGUACACAAGCAAAGAGCACACCCUCCUGGAUGGAAUAUACUGUACAAAGCAGUAGUGACUUGUAUGGCGAGAGACAAUCCACUCUAAAGAGAUUUUUGAUUAUGUUUCCCAUUUAACACAUUAGAUAAAAACAAGAAGGCCAAUGGCCAAUCUUUCCCUUUAUCUCAGUCAGACAGAUGCAUGGAUGAACAGACAGAAAUCAACAUUCUGUAGACUUAUUAUUCAGUACGCUGUUAGAUGUGAGGUAAGUGAACUUAAGCAAGCUAACUGUCAAUACCUUGUUAUAAACAUGACUUGUCUUUUCCUUGCUUGCAGUCUGCAAUUUGUUACAGCUCCAAUCACUCACUGAAGUAAACAAUGUGAAUCACAGAAUUUGAAAGAGCAUUGUUUUUUAUUUUGCUUUUUGUUGAUGGUAGCCAACCCAGUAGUAAUGUAUUACAUCUAAACAGAGAGAGGUAGAUUCAGGUUCUACCAAGCGUGCACACAUAGGCAAAGGUACCAGUCAUGCUCAUUUUAAACAAUGCAUUUUGUGUGAUAACUAUAGAUUCAGUGGGCAGAAGAUGUUUUAUCUAUUAUCAAUGAUUGUUGUCACUCGAAACAACAUCUAGAUUUAAAAAGAAAGGAAAAAGCUGUGGAUCUCAUCUUCUACCUAAAAAGUUUUCUAGAGGUACCUCCCUGUUUUAAGUGAUAUCUGAUAGGUUUACAUGUUUAAAAAGGGAAUUCCUUUAAAGUUGCUACUACUGAUGCUAUAAUAAAUUUGUAUCACUCUUCCAAAUUA